GGGGGCAUCAUUGAUCGGUUGGACAUCGAGGGCUCAAGCACGACCACUGUGAAGAUGAAUUUCUUUGGCGCCCUUAUUGCGCUCACCAUCUGUGCGCUAUGUGGAUUAACCCAAGCGGAUAUAUCGCUCAAGCUGCGACAACAGCAACAGCAGCAGCAGCAACAACAGUCGCUGAUCACCAAGGAGCAAUACUACAAGACGGGCAGUGGCUUCCAGGAGAGUAACUACGGCAAUUCCGGCUAUCAGAUCUUCGAGGUGCACAAUCAUUUCGCGGGCAAGGGCCCCGCCUAUCUGCCGCCCCAGGCUCAGGCUCAGGGUCAGAGUUCAAGUGGCUCAAGUGCCUCAAGUCAUGAUGACAGCCUCGACUUGUCCUUCCUCAACUUUGCCGAUGCUCCAACCUCAGCUCCAGCUCCAGCUCCAGUUGCAGUUGCAGCUCCAGUUGCUGCUGCUCCACUUUCCGUGCCCUUCCCUUCAAGCUAUCAGCAUGAUUUCCAGCAAAAGGCAACGGUUUCAUCAUCUGCGGGCUACAGUGGACAGGCUUAUCUGCCACCCACUGCUGCCACGCCCAUUGUCCAGCAGCAGCAGGUGAUCCACCAGCAACAACCUUUGAUUCAACAGCAGCAACAUCAAGUGGUGCAGCAGCAGCAACAGCAAGUGGUGCAGCAACAGCAACAUCAAGUGGUGCAGCAGCAGCAACAUCAAGUGUUGCAGCAGCAGCAACAGCAAGUGGUGCAGCAGCAGCAACAGCAAGUGGUGCAGCAACAGCAACAGCAAGUGGUGCAGCAGCAGCAACAGCAACAAGUGCAACAGCAAUAUAGCCAACAGAACUACAAAGCGCCCGGAUAUCUGGCACCCACUGGCGCCGAGGAAGUUGCCCAGCCAGUGUCCAAUUACCAGGCCACGCCCAUCAGCUACCCGCAGCAACAGAAGGUUUUCCAGGGACCAACCUAUCUGCCACCCGUGAGCAGCACGACCACCAUCACCGCUGCCGUUCAGACACCCACCAGCCAAGCCGAGUACCAAGCACCCAACUAUCUGCCACCCCAGCAACAGCAGCAAGUGCAACAGCAACAGGUGCAACAGCAAGUGCAACAGCAGGGGCAACAUCAGGUGCAACAGCAAGUGCAACAGCAAGUGCAGCAGGUUCAGGUACAGGAAGUGCAACAGCAGCAACAGCAACAACAGCAGCAGAUUGCUGUACAGGAUCAGGGUCAGGAAUAUCAGGCUCCUGGCUAUCUGCCACCUGGCUAUGAGUACUCCAAUCCCGAUCAGCUGCCUCUAUCGCUGACCCAGAGUGUUGCCACCUCGCAGAGUGUGGCAUCGGCCCAAAAUGUGGCCACCACACAGAGUGUUGCUGCGGUGCAGCAACUUGCCGGCGAGUACCGUGCUCCUGGCUAUCUGCCACCUGGCUACGAUGAGCCACGUCCCCAAGUGCAAGGCCAGAUCACCUACCAGCAGCAGCAGCAACCACAGCAACCACAGCAGCAACAGCAACAACAGCAACAACAGGUUUAUGCUGCACCCACGCAAGCAACUGUUAGCAAUCCUGCCGCCCUUCCCGAUGGCUACGACUUUGUCAAGCCCGAUAAUGCCGAGGCAGCCAUUGCCGAGCUGCACAGUCUGCAGACCCAAACGAAAUUGCUGAAGCAGCAACAAGAGCAGCAGUUGCUCCUGCAACAGCAACAACAACAGCAACAGGUCGUUGUUCAGUCGCAGUUGCAGGUGGCCCAGCAACAGCAAUCCGCUGACAUUGUCUAUGGCCGUCCCAAGUCGCAGCAACAGCAGCAUCCUCUGGCUAUCCAAAGCACCCUGGCAACAUCUACUGCUGGUAGCUACCAGCAACAUUUCAACGCCCCUGGUUACCUGCCACCAGCAUCUGCUUCCCCAUCUCCAGUUUCACACGUUUCCAUUCCAGCUCCUGCCCCAUUGGCUGCUCCAGCUCCAGCUCCUGUUGCUCCUGUUGUGCAGGCAACAGCAACAUCUGGCUCUUACCAGCAGCAACAGCAGCAGCAAUACAGGGCUUCUGGCUAUCUGCCACCAGCUCCAGCUCCUGCUCCUGCUCCUGUUCAUGUUGCAGCUCCAGCUCCUAUCCAUGUUGCUGCUCCGCUUCGUGUUGCAGCUCCUGCUCCAGCUCCAGUUCGUGUUGCAGCUCCAGCUCCAGCUCCAGUUCGCGUGGCCGCUCCAGCUCCCGCUCCCAUUCAUGUGACCGGACCCGCUCCCAUUGCCAUUUCCCUGCCAGCUCCCUCCCCCACCCAGGUGACCCACAUCCACUCGCUGCGCAGCUACAUGAACACCGUGCAGCCCUUCGCCCGCUAUGCGCAGCCAGUGAGCGUACGCCAGCAACACCAGCACAUCCACCAUCACCAGCAGCAGCAACAACAUCAGCAGGUGCAGCAUCACCAAGUGCAACAGCAACAGAUCAUCGAAGUGGCGCCCAUGUACCGUGAGCAAUCGAAGCGACCACGUUUCUAUGCCCCAGCCUAUGUGAGCAAUGUGCUGCCCCGCCAGCAACAUCAGCCACAACAGCAGCAACAGCAGCAGCAACAACAGCACCACCUGCACCACCAUUACCACCGAGUGGUGCAGAGCCAGAAACUGCAAGCCAUACCCACGCUGAACUUGAAGGCACAACAAUCGCUGCAGAAGUUCAUGCCACGUGAUGUCCAAGUGGCGGUGAAUGUGGCCAUGGCGGCAACGGCACCUGUGCUCGCACCACCCUCGCUUCGUGGCAGUUCGCGAGUGCGCACUGUACAGAUCGUGAAGCCGCAUGCCACCCCACGGACCUUCAAGGUCCUCGAAAUACUCGAUCAGGCGGGCGUGAAAACCAUCAAGAUUCUGGGGGCAACCAACGAGCAGCCGCAGGGACGUCAUCAGGUGGUCAAGGUGGUCACCCAGAAUGCGCACAGUGGCGCCGAGAGCCAUGUCCAGACCGUCAAGAUCUACGAUGAUGUGCAGCAGCCAUUGCGCCUGCAGCCGCAGAAUGUGGCAGCCAACAAUGGCUACUUGCCACCAGCUCGUCCCAGAUCGCGAAUUGUGCGUCAGGCAUCCAAACCGCUGCGCCUUUAUCCCGUUGCAAGCCUCUAGAAGAAGAACGGCGGGUCAAUUUGGGGGGGCUACGGCCCAAGGUCACCUCCCCGGCACUGAUUAGUUGUUAAUUUCAUCAUCCACAGCGUUUACUUACUUUUUUUUUUUCUAAAUACACACAUAUGCCCGUUUUUAUUGCCUCAUUUCGCAUGCAUUUACCACUGUACCAAUCGCAUUCGAAAUCAAUUCAUUUGCAUGCAAUAACAACCGAUUUAAGCGAUUCGAAUUUCUUACCUAAUAAAUUAAUACUUACGUAAAAUAUGUAAA